GUAAACAUCCAGCUUAUGUUAAAAAAUGGAUUUUCUUGAAAUCAGCGUCCGCAGACUGGAUUGUGAAGCAGUGAAGAUUUAUGCUGUGUUGCGGCUGUAAUACUGCCAAAUUAUGAAUUCUCUCACCAGUCUUAAUUUCCCAUUUGGAAAAUGACAAAUAUUCUUGGAGCUGGUAAAACUAAAGUGACAACUUUGUUUUCCAGCUCUGUACAUGGAAAAGGCAACUGUGAUUUUGUUACUGGGUAGCUGCACACAAAACCUCUAUGUCUGGGGAAUCAGGCAUUUCAGCAAAUGUUUAAAGAAGUAUUAAUAGUUCAGCCUGUGGUCAUUAAACUUUUUUUUGGUAUUCUCAUUCCCAUACAGCUUGGAUUGAGAAAAUAGAGAGUAUUCCUGUUGUCAGAUCAGGACUGGAGUUUUUGGAAGUUAAGCAUCGACCAGCUUUAAUUACCAACAUAACAAGCAGAGCUGCAGUUGUAUGCAGUUACUACUGUUUUAAUUUGGAGUUUAAAAAAUACCAGCACAAAACAAGAUGUACCACUUUAGACAGCUCAGGAGAGCUUUCCCUUUUCUUGCUUACUUCAGCGUGUACAGAAAGCUGGGUAGUAGCAUGCAGUCAGAUGAGGGCACAGAGUGGCUCCUUGAACUUCUUACAGAGGUGCAACUACAGCAGUACCUCCUGCGGAUCCGUGAUGACCUCAAUGUUACCCGCCUCUCUCAUUUCGACUACGUUAAAAAUGAAGACCUUGAAAAGAUUGGCAUGGGCCGACCUGGCCAGAGGCGUCUGUGGGAGGCAGUUAAAAGAAGGAAAGCCAUGUGCAAGCGGAAGUCUUGGAUGAGUAAGGUGUUUAGUGGAAAACGUCCAGAGUCAGAAUUCCCACCUCAGCCAGCAACUACAUUCCGAAAACACUCUACUUCACCCACUGUGGAAGGACAGCAGACACUGACAUGUCUUAUCAGUGACAAAGAUCUUUCAUUGUUUGAAAAGCUUGGGGAUGGAUCUUUUGGUGUUGUCAGACGAGGUGAAUGGUGCACACCAUCUGGUAAAGUGAUCAGUGUUGCUGUUAAAUGUCUGAAGACAGAUGUUCUUAGCCAACCAGAAGCCAUGGAUGAUUUCAUUCGGGAAGUGAACGCAAUGCACUCCCUGGAUCACAUCAACCUCAUCAGACUUUAUGGAGUUGUUCUUAGACAUCCCAUGAAAAUGGUCACAGAAUUAGCCCCACUUGGAUCUUUGUUGGACCGUCUAAGAAAAAAUCAAGGUCAUUUCCUCAUUUCUGUUCUCUGCCAAUAUGCUAUACAGAUUGCUAAUGGAAUGGCUUACCUAGAAUCCAAGCGAUUUAUCCAUCGGGACCUAGCAUCUAGGAAUAUUUUAUUGGCGUCAAAUGACCUUGUGAAGAUCGGCGACUUUGGGCUCAUGAGGGCGUUACCAAAAAAUGAUGACCACUACGUCAUGCAGGAGCACCGGAAAGUACCAUUUGCAUGGUGUGCCCCAGAGAGCCUGAAGACUCGCACGUUUUCCCAUGCCAGUGAUACCUGGAUGUUUGGAGUAACACUUUGGGAGAUGUUCACCUGCGGGCAGGAACCCUGGGUUGGCCUGAAUGGUAGCCAGAUCCUACAUAAAAUCGACAAAGAAGGUGAGAGAUUACCAAGGCCAGAGGACUGUCCACAGGACAUCUAUAAUGUUAUGUUACAGUGCUGGGCACAUAAACCAGAGGAUCGUCCUACCUUUGUUGCUCUCCGUGAUUUCCUAGUAGAGGCUCAGCCUAUAGAUAUGAGAGCUCUGCAGGAUUUUGAAGAACCGGACAAGUUGCAGAUUCAGAUGAAUGAUGUCAUUACAGUCAUUGAAGGCAGGGCAGAGAAUUAUUGGUGGCGGGGUCAGAAUAAACGGACCUUAAAGUUGGGGCAGUUUCCCAGAAACACUGUGACAUCCGUGGCAGGGCUUUCAGCCCAUGAUAUUAGUCGGCCCCUUAAAAACAGUUUCAUCCACACAGGGCAUGGAGACACCAAUCCUGAUUGCUGCUGGGGUUUCCCAGAUAAAAUUGAUGAGCUGUAUCUUGGAAAUCCCAUGGACCCUCCUGAUGUCCUAGGAAUGGACCUUAACACUGCUAGACCCACUCAGCUACCAGGAAGAGCAAAAAAGGAGCCCCCGCCUCGUCCACCUCAGCCUGCAUUUCUUAUUAAAAAGCCAGCAUAUGACCCUGUGACUGAUGAAGAGGACUUUGCAUUUUCUGGACUCAGAAAACUUUCCCUGAAGAAACAAGGAAGUGCCAGAGGCCUCAAACUUGCUAAACCUUCAGCACGUAUCCCUGGUACUAAGAUUUCUGACAGACAGUUUAAUAAAAAUAAAUUGUGUGGCUCUAACACUAAUGAAGUGACUUUGAUUGACUUUGGAGAUGAAUUAAGCCCAUCUACACCAUCCCCAGUAAUGGAGCUGACAGCUCCUACUUUAGCAAAACUUGCUACGGACGCUUUUUCUCUGCUGGACAAUACCCCACCCCAGAGCCCAACUAGGAUACUUCCAAGGCCUUUGCACCCUACUCCAGUAGUUGAUUGGGAUUCAAGGCCCCUACCUGCACCUCCAGCCUAUGAUGAUGUUGCUCAGGAUGAAGAUGAUUUUGAAGUUUCUUCAAUUAACAGUCCUGACACUGUUCUUUUAGAAGAAAAGUCAAAAUAUGUAAUGCUUCAUAAUCAGAAAGCCAAAGAGAAAGGGGAGACAAAUUAUGGAUACAUUCAUGAUAAUGACAGGGGAAUCUGUCAGAAGUUGGAGGAUAAUUUGUUUCUACCUUCCAAGCAGGCAAAACAAGCAAAUUUUUCUCAGUCAGCUGAGAUUUUUGAAGAACUGCAGCAGGAAUGUAUGAAACGGCUUCAUGUCCCCAUCAUAUCUUCCCAAGCUUCUACACCCAGCCCAAGUGCCUCUACAUCAAAUGUUAUGCUGAUGUUUUCUGAGGAGAAGCCGCAGAUUCCUCCUAGAAUUCCCAUCCCUCCACGUUCCAUAAGAAAAAAUGAGCAAGGGCGCUGGUCUGGGGAUCUCUCUCCAGCUUCUGGUGGAGAGGAUGACAGACCACCACAAAUUCCACCUAGGGAUCCUCUUUCACAACCCUCUUCCAGAACCCCAAGUCCAAUGUGUUUACCUGUGGGCUCCCCACAACAAAGGACAAGCAUGUGUUCAUCUCUGACCUUUGGGUCUUAUUUGUCAACUUCCCCAGGAAAAGUGAUGCCUACCACACAGAGUUUUGCCUCUGACCCCAAAUAUGCUACCCCAAAGGUCAUUCAGGCUCAAGGAAAAGACUACAUUAAAGGACCUUGCAUCCUUCCCAUUGUCAAGGAUGGAAAGAAGGUGAGCAAUACUCAUUAUUACUUGCUUCCUGAGAGGCCGGCAUACCUGGACAAAUUUGAGAAGUUUCUCAAGGAAGCAGAAAGCCCAGAAGACUGUACUAACAAAAGAACAAUUACAACAGCAACAGUUAGGCCUAUGAUUCAACAGACAGAUUACAGAGCUAACUUUUCUUCAAAUAACAGCAAUCAUGGACCAAAAACUGGAGUGAAAAUCUCAUCUAGCUUGCAGAAAAUUGCAUAUGAUGGCUCUGAAGGCUUUGGAUUAUCAGAUAAAAUCCAUUUAGUUCAGGAAAAUGUCCAUGGUGUAACAACAGAAGAGUGCCAGGCUGCUCUGCAGAAUCAUGCUUGGAGUGUACAGAAGGCCAUCCAGUAUCUAAAGGUAGAACAGCUCUUCUGCUUGGGUCUGAAGUCAAGGGUGGAUUGCCACAAAGUCUUGGAAAUGUUUGACUGGAACCUGGAGUUAGCCAGCUCCCAUCUGUUGGAUCCACACAGCACAAGCAGGCAAAAACAGUCAUGAAAUGUUCCUGAAGAUCAGCUUUAUGGGAGCGGUCAUUUUUUGUUGCAUUUCUUGCCCGAUUUUGAAUCUGUUUACUCACAAGUGUAUAAAUACAUAUUGGAGUCUCAUAAGAGAAAGAGCAACAGACACAACAUAAAACUGGUGAUCUUCAUUCUUAUUCCAUAUUACCUCUAUCCGGGUUCGAGGUCAACACAGUCUAACCAAGCCAGUGUUCUUUCAUACAGUUCAUCAUUUUUGCUUGCAUCAAAAAGUGUGCAUUUUAACAGAUUCCAUUGUAUGGGUAGCUUAUUUUUUUAAAAAAAGAGAUGUGUAAUAUUAUUAUUAUUGUUAUAUACAUUUUGUUUGGCAUACAGAAUGUUGACGGAUAAGCAGAAUUGUUUGUGUUUAUAUAUAUAUUAGCAUUUGUGAGAGUUUCGUUUGACAUUUUACCCAUGCUUAUUUAAUAUUUUUUUUAUAAAAAAGGAAUGGUAAUUUUAAAGAAGGCAUGUUCUGUUGCAGAUCAUGGAACCUGUUCAUUUCAAAAUAUAAUAUGGAACCUUA